AUGUCGCCGCUGCACACAUCGCCGUCUGUGGCACACAUCACCCACCACGCAGCCGCCGGCAGCAGACGGUACCGCUCCAAAGCGCAGCGGCCAUGCGACCUCUGCCGGGCGCGCAAGGCGCUAUGCAAUAUCCCAGAUCCCACGCGGCCAUGCCAGCUGUGUGAUCGCACGGGACGACCGUGUACAUUUCUUGCGGCGGCCAAGAGCAGACCCAUGCGCGCGAGCCCAAGUCGCCACUCUGCUGACCGAGGGGAUGGUUUGUCGCAUCAAGGGCAGUACACAGCGUCGUUUGCACAUGACGCCCACAGUGCCCUGGGAGAUGGCCUUUCCCCAACUUUCGUACAGCCGCUCGGCGACAUGAUAUCGACGCCGUGGACGCCGGAUAUGCCGCAGCUGGGGCAAACCGAGGAAUUUAUGCACGACAUGCCCGACUUUUGGUCCUUUCCGUAUGCUGUCGCGGAAACCGUAGCCACUGCCGAGAACAGGGACGAGAUCCCUCCACGUCCAGAAGCACGGGCAACCCUCAACAGGCAUGAUCGCUCUACAUCAUUUAUUGGCUACUCCAACGAAUCCGACCCGUUUCUGCUUGAGCAUUAUCCGUAUGGCGCCGCUGACGAGCUAGACUUUUUCAUGGUCACAUAUCGUCGGCCGUCACCUCAAAACGUGGCCGCUGGUCACCCUCCCAUCCAUUUCCUGCAGUCGAAGCCGCAGGCACCACUGCAAAACCAAGAAGCAAUGGCGAGUUGUCUUGCACUGCAGAAUGAACGCCAUCUUUUAAAUGACCUCGUCAGCGUUGAAAUGGGAGUGGCGUUGCUGCGACUAGUAAAACUACAAGAUGAGAAGGAGUUUGUUCAUUCCACUUCUCCUGGCAUCUUGGCAGGCAUGUAUGCUCUUGCGAUGCCAUUUACGUCCUGGGACGAACAAUUUUGUCUCGACAGCGCCUACUCCAAGCCCGAUUUGAGCAAGCUAUGGCGAAUUUCGUAUUCCUGCUUACAGAAAGAAUUGCAUUUUCCGAGCCUCUCCACGGUGCAGAUGAGUCUUCUACUGCUGAACACCACCACCUUUGAUCCAGUCGCCGUUGAAACUCCUUUUGCUUGGUCGCUGGCUUGCUCCGUGCUCGGCAUCGCACAAUCUCUGGGUCUUCACAUUGAGCCCAGUCGGUGGAAAAUUCCGCAAGACGAAGUGCGGCUGCGGCGAAGACUGUGGUGGACAGUCGUUGUCGAGCACAGCUGGCGCUCUGUUACUCAUGGCCGAUCAAAUAUGCUGCGUGAGGACGACUGCAAUGUGGCGCCCCUCUCGCAUGAGGACUUUUCGGAUGUCGAAAGCUCCAAAAAUGCAGCAGCGUAUUUUAUCAGCUUUUGCUCCCUCACAAACAUUGUCACCGAGAUCUAUCGGAGUUUCUUCACCCUUCGAGCCGUUUCUCGGGUUCAAAAUUUUCAAGACCUCAUGGACAGGGCAAAGCCGCUGCAGCGCGCCCUUUUCCACUGGCUGGAGGCUUUGCCACCGUCGCUCUGCCUAGAUCAGCUACCUGACACGACCGAUGAGAUCCCCGAUUGUCGCGCAUCCCUGCACAUUGCCUACUUUACUGCGCACAUAUUACUGUUUAGAGCGCUCCUGCGCCCGAUUGUGCGUCAAACUCAUCCGGGCGACGAGAUGGUGCAUGAGGUACUCCAAGAGUCUCGCGACUUCAUGAGGGCACUGAUUACUGUGGUGCGAAAUCUGGACCUCAAAUACAUUUCUGCCUUCUGGCCAGCAUAUACCCGACACUGUCUUUGCUACCCUGGGCUGUUCUGCUACCUGCUCUGCUUUCAGAAACAGUCACCACAUCUCCUACCCAGCGAUAAAGAAUUGUUCGCGACGUGGCGCAACGUCUUGCGAGCUCGAGUCGCGUCGUGGCCAUUGCUUCGUUUCGCAGUUGUAAAGGUGGACGCGGUAUUUUGGAAGAAGAUGGACCACACGAGCAAAGAGCAAUGA